AUGCUGUCACUGGCGUCUCUUCUUAAUCCCGCCCCUCCAGGGCCACCAAUCAACAGGUUUCCUCCAAGCCCAGCCUCGUCGUCAUCCCCAACGGCUUCUCUCCCAGACGAGUCGGGUCUUUUAGAUGAUCACAGAAUGGCUAAGCAGAAGAUACCGAAGAGUGCGGCUCUUUUGCCUACGAGUAGACCUAAGGGAGCUGUCAAUUUUCCCCCAUUCGAGAAUCUAGACGAGGCUUCGCUCCGCCAAGUCCGGCAAUUUCGCGUCCGUUUCUUCGGGAACAUACAGGACCAUUCCCGGCACAUCCCCUACAACAGCGGGAAGAAGGAUUUCUUCCAGAAGACAGGCCGAGAAAGCUUCGAAGUUUUCCAGUAUACUUUCAAAGUGCCCGGGGACGAGACCGAAUAUACCGUCAUGUGGGAUUACAAUGUCGGCCUCGUCCGCAUGACUCCUUUCUUUAAGUGCUGUAAAUACCCCAAGACGACGCCGGCCAAGAUGUUGAACUUAAACCCUGGGCUCAAGGACAUAACGCACAGCAUCACGGGGGGUUCUAUCAUGGCCCAAGGUUAUUGGAUGCCAUACUACUGUGCCAAAGCCGUAUGCGCAACCUUCUGCCACAAUAUCGCAGGGGCCCUGAUACCCAUUUUCGGCCCCGACUUCCCCUCCCACUGCACGCCUUCGGAAGCGCCAGAGUAUAGCCGCAUGAUCAUCGACCCAGCUACCGUAGUCCAAUCUACCAGAGAAGCAGAGCAUUUCCGCAGAUUAUGUAGCAACUCGGCCGCCGCUGCUAGCAAUAACAGCCUAGCCAGCCCAGCCCAGGAUCGACGACCUUUAUUUCGAAAUCCCUACGACGAAAUCAGACACAGCCAUAACCACUCAUACUAUCGCCGCCGUCCAAUCCAGAAGGCUCUCGCAACCCCCAGCAGCCCGUAUACCACGGACCCGGAUAGCGACACAUCUCCUAUAACCUCGGAGCCCGGCCACCGCAAUCGUUACGCAUACUCCCCCAUCCAGCCACCACCGCUGCCAUCAGUAGUAACAGCCCCAUCCCUCCGACCCACGAGCAGCGGAUGGACGCCCGCCAACGUAGUAUCACCACGGCACUACGUCCCACCCGGCCCAAGCCCCUGGCUCAGCGCCGUCCCGCGCUUCACCACAGAAACACAUAUACAACCGUACCCCCUAUCGCCCCGGACCUCGCAUCCCCACCCGCAGCCAUGGCGGGGCGGCAGCAAGCGAUCAGCCGAGCACGUAGAAGCCGAGUACGAGACGCACGGCAACGCCUCGACGAAGAUAUCUACGGCGAACGAGGCUGCGGCGGAGAAGCCCCGCAGCAACAGUAGCAAGAUAAAACAGGCAUCGCCGAGUGACUCCCCGGUGGUAGGAGGCGCGGACAAGAACGCAGCGCUGCUCCUGAUGAACCUCAGCGUCGGGGACCAGCGAGGGAUUAAGGCUGGCGGUAGCAGCAGCACGACGACAUCAGGAAUGAGUUCGCCACGCGAUGGGUCGUUCCCGCGGGUUAAGAGGGUGAGAUCGAAUUCGACGUAG